AUGGCGAAGCCCACGCUGGGGGGCCUUGGUUUCCCUGUCAUCCCCAAAGCCCAUCCUCUUCCUAUUACUGGAAGCGGAUUACGGGAAGAGGGUAGGAACGACCAGAUCGGAAAAGCCUCGAGGCUGAACCGCAUUGCGGGUCGACCAUGCGCUGAUUCGCAUCUCUCUGCAAUUUGCACUAAACAUCCAACGGUCAGCGUCUUCCUUGUACAUACUCCGAAGCCAUCGUGCUAUCGCCACUCGUUUCUCUACCAUCGCCUGCUCUGUCCUCUGAUCCCCAUUCCGACUCACUUCCUUCGGUCAUCCUUUGGAGAUUUGACCCGGGACAGAGACAGAGGGGGAUCAUUCAGCAAAGAAGGAGGAGGGGAAUUGGAAACAACGACCAGCAGACCAAAAAAAAAAUAUUUCAAGAUGAAUCACAAAUAUUCAUUACUGGGCUGGGCGUCUUCCAGACAGGGGCCAUUUCAAUUGCGAAUUGGUCGCCUAGCGUAUUUCGCUACCGUCACCGUCGUCGCUCUUUUCGUUUUCUCUCUCGCCUACGUCUAUGUCGAAGAACCGCCGUUCUGGAAACCUGGGCCACCUCACCAAUCCCUUGAUGAUAUGGAUACUGGUAGCGCGCAUAUCAUGGUCUCACCGGGCUCUCACACCGAGCCAGAAGCAUCUCCUCUCCCAACAUUAUCAUCGCUGCCUCGGCCUGCGUUGGGAUCCUCCCAUGAUACAACUUCCUCCGAAGAUGACCUAGCCUCAGCUGUUUCAAGUCUGCACAAGCCAGAAGGCUUGAGGGUCGUUGGUAUUAUCUUCUAUGGACGUCGCGAUCGUUCGUCUAUACUUGAAUGCUACCUGCGCCAAAAUUUGGUUUCCAGUGGUGGCUGGUUGGACGAGGUCAUUUUCGCCGCAAACACCGAUAACCAAGAAGAUCUCGCCUGGCUCGAUCGAGUAGCCGGUGCAUCAGGAGGUGAUUACAAGGUCGUGCGUAUGGAAGAGAAGGGUUAUGGCAACGUUUAUGAAGCCUCCUUCAAGGAACGAAAUACGAUUUAUGUCAAGAUUGAUGACGACGUCGUCUUUAUCGACCCGCAGGCCAUUCCCAAAGCCGUCACCACACUGAUCAACAACCCGAAUGCGCUGAUGAUCUCAGCCAAUGUCGUCAACAGCCCUGCACUGGGCUGGUGGCAUUAUCAUUCCGACGUUGCACGACCAUACAAACCGGAGCUGGAGCCAAAUAAGACGGCACUGGCCACACGUGGAAAUGGUGCAUGGAGGGCAUCUCAACUACCAACAUGGUCCGGCGACCACGAUCUUGAUUUCACCAGGUUUGAGAAUUUCACCGACUACUUCAACGUCGAUAAGCCAGAAGACAUUCCCAAACAUCGUUGGUUGCCCACACGAAAUGAAACGGAUAUGUACACUUCAAGCAUUGCCGCCACAAAUGCAGAGGGCGGACCUCAUCUUACACAAUGGGAAAUCGGUGCUCAGAAUCAUUACGCUUUUUUCGAACACCUUGAGAACAAUGAAUUGGGCAAGUACUUCUUGUCCAAGGACUAUGGCAAGGGCACGAUUUGGCAUAUGCGCGGCUAUCGAUUGAGUAUCAACUUUAUUGCCAUGCAUGGAUCGGACGUGCUUGAUUAUAUGGAUAUCAUCACGGGACACCCACAAGGUGACGAUGAGCAUCAGUUGACCGUUGAGAUGCCACGGUUGCUCCGACGACCCGUCCUUGUUGAAUCCCAAUCCAUCGUUUCACACUUCUCGUACGGACCUCAACGCUGGCUCCACAAAACCGACAUCCUAGAUCGGUAUUUCAACUACGCGAAUGACAACGUUUGCCCCGAGCAGAGUCUCAUCGAUCCACUGAACCCGGACAAGACAUGGAAAUUACCCUCGAACCCUACGAAAUCCUCACACUCUUCACCUUCGUCCACGAAAGCGUCCCUCUCAUGA